AUGACCUCUAACCCUAAGCGACUUCUAACCUCUGAGAAUCCAGUGACUGACACGACUGAAGCCCUUUUAAAGUCAGGAUUUCAUAAAAGUUCUACAUGUAAUAACGAUCCGGUGUUUCAAAACUUUGAUGUGUCAUACAUAAAGCUAACACCAGAUGGAUCGUUGGAUAUACACAAGCAACGGUGGCACCACUGGUUGGAUCAAGCAACUGGUUGGAUCAAGCAUUUCGAAGGUCCUAGAAGCUCAUGUGAUCUAUACGGUACAUGUGGACCUAAUGGUUUGUGUAUCAGGUCCACUAAAAGUACUCCAACGUGUGAAUGCUUGAAAGGGUUUGUGCCAAAGUCAGAUGAUGAGUGGAAUAGUGGGAACUGGACUCGUGGGUGUGUGAGAAGAACAGAGUUAUCAUCGUGUCGGGGAAAAGAUACAUCAGAUGGAUUCUACCGUGUUGCUAAUAUGAAGCCUCCGGAUUCUUAUGAGUUGGUAAGCUUUGGUGAUGCUGAAGAGUGCCGUAAAGGAUGUCUUAGCAACUGUUCUUGCUUGGCCUUUUCCUAUAUCAAAGGAAUUGGAUGCUUGGUGUGGAACAAGGAGCUCUUGGACAUGGUUCAGUUUAGUGAAGAAGGAGAGUUUCUUUUCAUCCGUCUUGCACGUUCUGAGUUAGCUGGAAGCAAGCGAAUCAAAAUCGUAGUUGUUAGUGCUAUCAGCCUAUGCAUGUUUAUAAUCUUGGGGCUUGCAGCAUUUUGGUGUUGGAGAUACAGACUGAAACAAAAUGGUGAAGCUCGUGUAGCCAUGGAGACUUCAGAAGAUUCUUGGAAGAGUAGUUUGAAGUUACAAGAUGUCUCAGGUUUAAAUUUCUUUGAGAUGCAUACCAUACAAACUGCAACUGAUAAUUUCAGCAUCUCAAAUAAACUCGGUCAAGGUGGAUUUGGAACAGUUUAUAAGGGGAAGCUAGAAGAUGGAAAAGAGAUAGCUAUAAAACGUCUUUCUAGUACCUCAGUAGAAGGCACAGAAGAGUUCAUGAAUGAAUUAAAACUCAUCUCAAAACUACAACAUAGAAACUUGGUCAGACUUUUAGGAUAUUGCAUUGAAGGUGAAGAGAAGCUAUUGGUUUAUGAGUUCAUGGUGAACAAAAGCCUCGACACUUUUCUCUUUGAUUUGAAGAAGAAGCUGGAGAUUGAUUGGCCUAAGAGGUUCAAUAUCAUUCAAGGUAUUGCUCGUGGACUUGUUUAUCUCCACCGUGACUCAUUCCUCAGAGUUGUACACCGCGAUCUUAAGGCCAGCAACAUUCUCUUGGAUGAGAAGAUGAAUCCAAAGAUAUCAGAUUUUGGAUUGGCGAGGAUGUUUCAAGGAACUCAGAAUCAAGACAGCACUGGCAGAGUAUUUGGAACGUUGGGAUACAUGUCUCCUGAGUAUGCAUGGACAGGAACAUUCUCUGAGAAGUCUGACAUUUAUAGCUUUGGAGUUUUGAUGCUGGAGAUCAUCAGUGGAAAAGAGAUAUCAAGCUUUAGCUAUGGAAAAGAAAAUAAGAACCUUCUUGCACACGCAUGGGAAUCAUGGAGUGAAACAGGAGGAGUAGAACUACUUGAUCAAGACAUUGCUGAUUCUGAGUCAGAUUCAGUUGAAGCAGUGAUGAGAUGUGUUCAGAUAAGUUUGUUAUGUGUUCAGCACCAAGCAAUGGACAGACCGAACAUCAAACAAGUUGUGACAAUGCUUACAUCUAAAAUGGAUCUUCCAAAGCCUAAGCAACCAAUGUUUGUUUUGGAUACAAGUGACGAGGAUUCUGGGUCUAAGUCUAACGAUGAUAAGGAUUUGUUCUCUGAUGAUGAAAACAAUCCUGUUCAAGAGUAACCAGAAUCCCCUAAUUAAGUAUUGAACCGAUUCCUAUAUAUAUGGUUCAGUGUGGAUCCAGAAUGUAACUGAAAUUGUUUUUUCGCAAGGGAAAUAACAUCAUACUA